AUGGGACCGACCGUCUCGUCGCCUCUCCGAAUCGUCGCUUCUCCGUACCGUCGCUUCUCUGUAUCAUCGCCUGCCCGUCUCACCGCCUCCUCGUCUCGCUGCCUCCACGUCUCGCCGCCUCCACGUCUCGCCGCCUCCACGUCUCGCCGCCUCCCCGUAUCGCCGUCUCCACCUCUCGCCGCCUCCAUGUCUCGCCGCCUGCACGUCUCGCCGCCUCCACGUCUCGCCGCCUCCCCGUAUCGCCGCCUCCCCGACACGCCGCCUCCCUGUCUCACCGCCUCCACGACUCGUCUCGCCGCCUCCAUGUCUCGCCGCCUCCCCGUAUCGCCGCCUCCCCGUCUCGCCGCCUCUACGACCCGUCUCGCAGCCUCCACGUCUCGCCGCCUCCCCGUAUCGCCGCCUCCCCGUCUCGCCGCCUCCACGACUCGUCUCGCCGCCUCCACGUCUCGCCGCCUCCCCAUCUCGCCGCCUCCACGACUCGUCUCGCCGCCUCCCCGUAUCGCCGCCUCCCCGUCUCGCCGCCUGCCCGUCUCGCCGCCUCCACGACUCGUCUCGCCGCCUCCACGUCUCGCCGCCUCCUCGUCUCACCGCCUCCCCGUCUCGCCGCCUUCACGUCUCGCCGCCUCCACGACUCGUCUCGCCGCCUCCCCGUAUCGCCGCCUCCCCGUCUCGCCGCCUCCCCGUCUCGCCGCCUCCACGACUCGUCUCACCGCCUCCACGUCUCGCCGCCUCCCCGUCUCGCCGCCUCCACGACUCGUUUCGCCGCCUCCACGUCUCGCCGCCUCCACGUCUCGCCGCCUCCCCGUCUCGCCGCCUCCACGUCUCGCCGCCUCCCUGUCUCGCCGCCUCCCCGUAUCGCCGCCUCCCCGUCUCGCCGCCUCCCCGUCUCGCCGCCUCCACGUCUCGCUGCCUCCAUGUCUCACCGCCUCCCCGUAUCGCCGUCUCCACGUCUCGCCGCCUGCCCGUAUCGCCGCCUCCCCGUCUCGCCGCCUCCCCGUCUCGCCGCCUCCACGACUCGUCUCGCCGCCUCCACGACUCGUCUCGCCGCCUCCACGUCUCGCCGCCUCCCCGUCUCGCCGCCUCCCCGUAUCGCCGCCUCGCCGUAUCGCCGCCUCCCCGUCUCGCCGCCUCCCCGUCUCGCCGCCUCCACGACUCGUCUCGCCGCCUCCACGUCUCGCCGUCUCUCCAUCUCGCCGCCUCCCCGUCUCGCCGCCUCCACGUCUCGCCGCCUCCCCGUCUCGCCGCCUCCCCGUAUCGCCGCCUCCCCGUCUCGCCGCCUCCACGUCUCGCCGCCUCCACAUCUCGCCGCCUCCACGUCUCACCGCCUCCACGUCUCGCCGCCUCCCCGUUUCGCCGCCUCCACGACUCGUCUCGCCACCUCCACGUCUCGCCGUCUCCCCGUAUCGCCGCCUCCCCGUCUCGCCGCCUCCACGACUCGUCUCGCCACCUCCACGUCUCGCCGCCUUCCCGUAUCGCCGCCUCCCCGUCUCGCCGCCUACACGUCUCGCCAUCCUCAGUUCCGAUCAAGAUAAAAAACUGCUUUCUACAAAUGAAGAACAGACAGCGGGCUGA